AUGAGCAAAGACAGAGAAAUGAGAGAAAUGCUACAAAUCCAACAACAUGAGGAGAAACCCCCUGGGGAGAGCUGGCCUCGGAGUGAAGCCCCGUACAGAGGAGAGAAGUGCGAGCGCAACACGUCGGUCUCUCUCACGCCGGGCUUCAGCCUCCUGCCUGCGCUCACUCAGGACUUCCUCUCCCUCCGUCACUGCCGCCACUUCCCGAUGCUGCUGGACGUCACCGACAAGAGUGAGAAACCCUGGGACGACAUCUUCCUGCUGCUGGUCAUCAAGAGCUCGCCACAGAACUUUGAACGACGACAGGUUCUCCGUCAGACUUGGGCCGAAGAGCGGAGCUAUUGGGGGAAGACCAUCCGCCGGGUCUUCAUCUCAGGGACCAGAGGGAGCGGCGAGGAGAGGAGGCACCUGGACCAGCUCCUGCAGGAGGAGGGGAGGACCUACGGGGACCUCCUGCAGUGGGACUUCACCGACUCCUUCUACAACCUGACGCUGAAGCAGCUGCUGUUCCUGGACUGGUUCCAGACCCGGUCUCGCCGCUGCCGCUUCCUGAUGAGCGGAGACGACGACAUCUUCGCCAACACCGACAACAUGGUGGAGUUUCUGCUCAGUCGCCACGGCAACGACGGAGACCAGCACCUGUUCGUGGGUGAGUCCGAUGGUUCUGUAUGA